AUGCUGAGAAAACGCGAAAGCUUAAGUAAGUUUUGUACGGUCUGAAUUUUUAUGGGUUUGCUUAGGCUUAGUUACCUUAAGCUUAGUAGGCUUUGGCUUAAUGUGCUUGUGGAUUAAGAUUAGGCUAAGUAGAGUUGGGCUUACUAGGCUUAGGCUUAGUUGUCUUAAACUUUUUAUGUUUGGGCUUAAUAGGCUUAUAUAUCCAGAUCUUGGUUAGAAGCCUCGAGGCUUAAUGUGGUUAAGCUUAGUGAACAAAAUAUAAAGUAAUUUAAUUCAGAAGUCUCCGCACGUCUGUCAUCAUUCGAAGAAUCAGAAGAUGAUUGUGAUCUUCGUGCAACAUCAAAACUCGAAACCUACACAAUUUCUUAUAUGGAACGAGAAGUCCUCAACCUAACCCCAUGGACUGAAUUAAAUCGAAGUGCGCAAAUUUUACCCACCGACCGAAAAAUGACACAGACUUUGCCGACUCACGGUGUGCUACUGGACAAAAGCGCAGAAGCCGUAGGAUACGAUACGGAAGACCAGGAAACCUAUUGCGAAGUAAAGUACGAUCAUUCUGGCGCAGAGUUUGAACAAAGUGCAUAUACGAGAGUUAUGAAGAUAUUGUCACUUAUGGUCAAUUAUAAAAAUGUAAGAAAAAAUUAUUAUUUUGGAACAAUGGCGUGUUUUACAUCCUUUAAUAUUAAAAAAGUGUACUCUAUACGAUUUUUUACUAUAAAUCUACGUCUUUUGCUUCUGUUUUCAGUGAUUUACCGAACUCCGUGUCAAAAUUUGAGUAAAACAAUAACUUUCAUUUUGAUAUUACGGAUGUUUUUAUUAAUUUUAAAUCAACAAUAAGAUAUUGAUCAGCUCUAAUGCAUUAGAUAAAUCAAUGUAAGUCUUCUACUUUUAAUUUCGUUUUUACAGAAGUUUGACCACGAAAAAAAGAUGUCAUGGAUAAUAUCGAACCAUAACUGGGUUAUUCUUGAAUUUCUGUGCAAUAUUUCCUUUUAUAAUUUGCAUAUUGGUGUGUAGCAUGUUUUAAAAGUAACAAGAAUUCUUUUAAAAUCAAAAAGUAUCGAAUUUGAUCCGACGUUAUCCAUGAUACAAAUUGAUGGAUAAUAUAAUUUAAAGCUGGUUUCUUUUUAAGUUUAAACUACUUUGCUUAUUACUAAAGCUUCACAGAUGUUAAUACGCAAUUUUUAAAUUCAAAUAACAAGAUCUAAGUUCCAAAACAACGUAGUUGUGACCCGAUAUUAUCCAUGACAUCAACAUUUUCGAUGCCAACGAACUUUAGCUGUCAAAACUUCCAUAAGCCUAAAAAUCGAACAAAGCGAAAAGUAAAAGACUUACUUUGAAUAAAUUGACGUAUCAGAGUUUGAUCAAUAUGUCCUUUUUGAUCCGAAUUGACCAAAAACAUUUAUAUUAUCAAUGUUAAAGCGAGCUUAUAUCCAAAUCUUGUGAAAAGCCCGGUAUAGCCUUGAAACAUCAAUCAGAAGAAGUAGAAUAACACUAGAAAUAUAGUAAAUUGAGUUAGAGAGGCAAAAAAAGUACAAAUGAACAUUUUAAAAGCAAAAAUAUUAUCCUUUUACGUCAAAAGAGAAAAUUUUUUCCAACGGAAUCGAAUCCGGCCGAAAAAUCAGUAAAAUACAGGGCGCGAGCUGUUUUAUGGCAAAAACUAAAUUAUUGUAGAUGAUCCAAUGGUUCGCAGUUGACAGUCCAGAAGGAACUGAAGUGAUCAAGAUAACGGCUCAUUCUCAAAAUGUCAAAAUGAUUGUGGAUUCUACUUAUUUGAAGGAUAAGGUAAGUUCUUCGAAUUAUUAG